CGCCAUGAAGUCUAGAUAGCCUUUUCCCAAAAACACACAAAACACGAGCCAAAUUAAGCUCUCUUCCUCCAAUGGCCGCCGCAUCAUCUUCCACCUUAGCAGUGCCACUCACCUCAAACCCAUCCACAAAACUCACCUCUCUCUCCUCCUCCGCUUCACUAUUCUUCAGCUCCAGUCUCAAAAACCGCGCUCUCGCUGUGGAUCGGCCCAGGAGAGCUCAGAAACGGGGAUUCUCCUGUAACUGCAUAUUCGGCCUUGGAGUGCCUGAGAUCGUCGUGAUUGUCGGCGUCUCCGCCCUCGUUUUCGGCCCCAAAGCUCUUCCCGAAGUGGGCCGCAGCAUUGGCAAGACUGUCAAGAGCUUUCAGCAGGCGGCCAAGGAGUUUGAGACCGAAAUAAGGAAGGAUGUCGAGGAUUCAGCAGAAGCUUCCGGCGAGAAUAUCGAGAUAGCCAAGGAAGGGCAGCAGCAAGAAGCUUAAGUUUCCAGCAGAAAAGGGGGGUGUUCAGUUUUGAUGUAGUGGAAAUUUGCUAUAGCAGCUUCCUUUCUGACAUGAACUAUAGUAAUGUUUUGGAUACAGAUUAUAAAGGUUUUUAGUCGUGUUGGAUUUUAUUUAA